AUGAAGGCGGCGCGCCGCCCGACCAGCAGGCAGUGCGCGUGAUAUCCUUCCGCGGGAGAGAAGCGCGCGGCCUUUCCCUCCCGACGACACAGGAUGCGAACGGGCGGCGCUCGGUAACGUUUCCCCGCAACACCGCGUGAGAAAACACCGAGCCAGCACCGGGGAACUGCCGCCUCUCUGACCGCCGACUGAACCCGCCCGGUGGCCGGUAACCGACUGAACCCGCCCGGUGGCCGGUAACCGACUGAACCCGCCCGGUGGCCGGUAACCGACUGAGCUUCGUGAAUCAAUAUAAUCCGCUGCACGCUGCGCGGCAACGAGACGAGCAGGAGGAGAAUAAGAAUGGAGCUCAUAACGAUCCUCGAGAAGACCGUCUCUCCAGAUCGGAAUGAACUGGAGGCGGCACAGAAGUUUCUGGAGCAGGCGGCGAUAGAGAACCUGCCCACGUUCCUGGUGGAGCUGUCCAAAGUGUUGGCCAACCCCGGGAACACCCAGGUGGCUCGGGUCGCUGCCGGUCUGCAGGUGAAGAACUCCCUGACCUCCAAAGACCCCGAUGUAAAGACGCAGUACCAGCAGAGAUGGCUGGCCAUCGACGCCAACGCCCGCCGCGAGAUCAAGAACUACGUGUUGCAGACUCUGGGCACGGAGACGUACCGGCCCAGCUCGGCGUCUCAGUGCGUCGCCGGGAUCGCCUGCGCGGAGAUCCCAGUCAACCAGUGGCCCGAGCUGAUCCCCCAGCUGGUGGCCAAUGUCACAGACCCCUCCAGCACCGAACACAUGAAGGAGUCCACGCUGGAGGCCAUCGGCUACAUCUGCCAGGACAUCGACCCGGAGCAACUGCAGGAGAACGCCAACCAGAUCCUGACCGCCAUCAUCCAGGGCAUGAGGAAGGAAGAGCCCAGCAACAACGUGAAGCUGGCCGCAACAAACGCCCUCCUCAACUCUCUGGAGUUCACCAAGGCCAACUUCGACAAGGAGACGGAGAGACACUUCAUCAUGCAGGUGGUUUGUGAAGCGACGCAGUGCCCGGACAACAGAGUGCGUGUAGCAGCCUUACAGAACCUGGUGAAGAUCAUGUCCCUGUACUACCAGUACAUGGAGACUUACAUGGGUCCAGCUCUCUUUGCGAUCACCAUCGAGGCGAUGAAGAGCGACAUCGACGAGGUCGCCCUGCAGGGCAUCGAGUUCUGGUCCAACGUGUGUGACGAGGAGAUGGAUCUGGCCAUCGAGGCCUCAGAGGCCUCGGAGCAGGGACGCCCCCCCGAGCACACCAGUAAAUUCUAUGCCAAAGGGGCCCUGCAGUACCUGGUACCCAUCCUGACCCAGACCCUCACUAAACAGGACGAGAACGACGACGAUGAUGACUGGAACCCCUGUAAGGCAGCAGGUGUGUGUCUGAUGCUGCUGGCCACCUGCUGUGAGGACGACGUGGUUCCUCACGUUCUGCCUUUCAUCAAAGAACACAUCAAACACCCCGACUGGCGUUACAGGGACGCCUCCGUCAUGGCCUUCGGGUCGAUCCUGGAAGGCCCCGAACUCAACCAGCUCAAACCCCUCGUCAUACAGGCGAUGCCCACCCUGAUCGAGCUGAUGAAGGACCCCAGCGUGGUGGUGAGGGACACCACGGCCUGGACGGUGGGGCGGAUCUGUGAGCUGCUGCCUGAAGCCGCCAUUAACGAGGUGUACCUGGCCCCCCUGCUGCAGUGCCUCAUCGAGGGCCUGGGGGCCGAGCCCAGGGUGGCCUCCAACGUCUGCUGGGCCUUCUCCUCUCUGGCUGAAGCAGCUUAUGAGGCCACAGACGCUGCAGAGGACCAGGAGGAGCCCAGCACCUACUGUCUGUCCUCGUCUUUUGAGAUCAUCGUCCAGAAGCUCCUGGAGACCACAGACAGACCCGACGGCCACCAGAACAACCUUCGCUCUGCGGCCUACGAGGCUCUGAUGGAGAUCGUGAAGAACAGCGCCAAAGACUGUUACCCUGCGGUGCAGAAGACCACGCUGGUCAUCAUGGAGCGGCUGCAGCAGGUCCUCCAGAUGGAGUCUCACAUCCAGAGCACCUCAGACAGAAUCCAGUUCAACGACCUGCAGUCGCUUCUCUGCGCCACUCUACAGAACGUGCUGCGCAAAGUGCAGCAUCAGGACGCCCUGCAGAUCUCGGAUGUGGUGAUGGCGUCUCUGCUGAGGAUGUUUCAGAGCACCGCCGGCUCCGGAGGAGUCCAGGAGGACGCUCUGAUGGCCGUGUCCACACUGGUGGAAGUUCUGGGCAGCGACUUCCAGAAAUACAUGGAUGCAUUCAAGCCUUUCCUGGGCAUCGGACUGAAGAACUACGCAGAGUAUCAGGUGUGUCUGGCGGCGGUGGGUCUCGUGUGUGACCUGUGCAGAGCUCUGAUGUCCAACAUCCUGCCUUUCUGUGACGAGAUCAUGCAGCUGCUGCUGGAGAACCUCGGGAACGAGAACGUCCAUCGGUCGGUGAAGCCUCAGAUCCUGUCCGCGUUCGGAGACAUUGCUCUGGCCAUCGGAGGAGAGUUCAAGAAGUACCUGGACAUCGUCCUGGACACGCUGCAGCAGGCCUCUCAGGCUCAGGUGGACAAGACGGACUACGACAUGGUGGACUACCUGAACGAGUUGAGGGAGGGCUGUCUGGAAGCCUAUACCGGGAUCAUCCAAGGCCUGAAGGGGGACCAGGAGAACGUGCACCCUGAUGUGAUGCUGGUGCAGCCUCGGGUGGAGUUCAUCCUCUCCUUCAUCCAUCACAUCGCCGAGGAUGAAGAUCACUCUGACGGAGUCGUGGCCAACGCUGCUGGACUAAUCGGCGACCUGUGCACGGCGUUCGGUAAAGACGUGAUGAAGCUGGUGGAUGUUCGUCCGCUCAUCAACGACCUGCUGACGGAGGGUCGACGCUCCAAAACCACCAAGACCAAGACGCUGGCCACCUGGGCCACCAAGGAGCUCCGCAAGCUCAAGAGCCAGGCCUGAUCGGCUGCUGAAGGAGACUUGAGGACACGCCCCCCCGCUGGAUUUAACUCUUCUGUCUUCGCCGAUUGGUCGAAGCAGAAGUUGAGUGAUGUGAGCGAGCGAGAGAUGAUGACAUCACCACCUUCAGUUCCAGCAGGCGGCGAGUCUUUCCCCCCCUCCCUCCAACCCCCCCCCUCCUCCUAGACGGCCUGUGGACUGGACUCUGACUCCCCCCUCCUCCCACAAUGCACCUCUCGCUGUCGUCAGGCUCUCCUGCGACCUCACGAUGACGUCAGCGCGCGCCACCCCUCGAGUGUGGGGGGGGGGGGGGGGGUAAAAACAGGACGAGACAAUAAAAGACGAGCGGACUUCAGUGGAGACUUUAGAUUUGAGUUGCUCCUCUUCCUCUUCCUCUUCCGCUGGGCAGCGCCGGGCGCCGCCGCUCGUCGCUCUUCUCCAAGCCACAGCACUAAAUUCCUACAAAAUAAAAGUCCUCCUCCGGGGAGCGAGUGCCAAACGGAGAACACUUCGGAGGAAGUGAGCUGCCGGUGACGCGUUUCACUUUUUCUUUCCGCUGCACUUGUUUUGGGAAAAGGGUCAAAGGUCACUCACGAUUUUUGCUUGUUUAAAAGAAGAAAAAAAAGGAAUUGAAGACGUUUGUAUAAGGUUAUAUUUUUCCAUUGCUAUGAAAAUAAAGAAGAGAAACCAAUAAAAUGCUCUGAAACAUUCCUCAAGCGGUUCUGAUUGACUCCUGAGGGCGCCGCCUUGCUGGUGACGCCGCAGCGCUUCACUUCCUGUCUGGCCCUCAUCCCACUUCCUCUCUUUGGGACAGCAAGUGGACAUGUUAUUUCCCUUGGGUUGAAAGUGAAGCGUCGACAGGUUAGAAGCUUUUAUUUUGUAGAGGUGCAGCAGCAGUCAGGAGGGACUUCCUGUUGAUGGACCUCGAUUAUUGAAUGAAUCAUUUAAAGCUUUUUAUUUCAUAUUCAACUUAGUGAACUAAUAAAGUCUAUAUUGUACUGGA